AUGGUAUUUUCACCCUCAGCAGCACGAACGAUAGUUUCCAACUGUGCGUGUUCUGCCAAUGACGCACCUGACGAUAUGAUUAUUGGUAUGUGCUCUCAGAGGAAUAAUGUAGCGAUUAUCCAUAAUGCCGCAUUUCACCAAGCUCGGCCGAUUGACUAUCCAGAGGAAUAUAUUCGGCGGCUCUUACCGAUCUCAUUUCACAAGUUUGAAGAUAUCGAUCCGUACGAGGUGUACAUGGAGUACCUUUUUGAACCACCAGUUGUUCAACCAACCGGAACUGAGGAUGGGGAAACUUCACAAUGUGGUGCAUCAACGUCGUCUCCAGCUGAUUCUGUGUCACCGUCCGAAAGUGUUUCUGUGGAAGCCAAUGAAUGCUCAGGGAACAUGGGGGAAUCUUCUGAUGAUGACGACCCUCUUCACAUUGAUGAUGAGCUGCAGACUAACAUAUCACCUCUGCCGGUGCCAUCCUGUAUAAUGGGUUAUGCUGGUAGAUUGUAUGAUCCAUUGAAGAUAUUGUGGUUAAAACUACGAAAGUUAGGAUGUAUCGUGGAUGCAGUUCAGGUCAAACCUACUCGCAGGAAACUAAAAUGCAAUGUGGAUCGCUGUAUAUUCAAAGGUGGACCGUUUGAGAGUAUUCAGUUGAGCUGCACUCUUCCACCGAAUGUUGAACUUGCAAUCCGGUGGAUUUGUAUCUGUGUGUCGGAUAUAAGUCGUCAAAAUGACUACAUCAUCAAAUUCAUCAAUCUUCUCGAGAAAGGAAAAGGUGGAACUUUACCACCUACACAGAUUGCGUCACGUGAACAACUGAUUUCUUUCCCAUUUCGAGUUUGCAAUCGUCAUUUCUCCACAGAACCUGACGAAGGUAUUCCAGCAGUGCCGAAGUACCACCUUCCCGGGAAACUGCCGAUCUCCAGAGAGGAUAUGCUGUCGAAACUCCGUCGUCGCUAUAUAUUUUUAUCUGAAUUGGGUUAUGAAGAUCUUGAGAUAGAUAAAUUAGAGCCAAAUGGUGUUUUGCCUCGACCUUCGGAUGCACCGCUUUCGUGCGCUGUUCCUGGUUGGUUUUGUUGUUAUUUAAUCGGACCAUCGCGUAAUACAGAAGAACAAGUCGAAUUGAAAAAAAAUGGCUAG